AUGACAGAUGAUAAAGAUAUUAAGAAUGAAUUAUUACAAAGCUUUCAAGGUGAUGAAUUAGCAGAGAGAAAGAAAAAGUUGGAAAAGGAGAUAGCAGAGAUUGACAAGGUCAUUAAAGGAGGUAAACUUGGUAAAGAGAAACACCAAGAUUGGUAUGAAAAGUAUCCUGCUUUUGAUAGUUUACUUGCACAUCCAGACUUUCAUCUAUGGAGGAAUUAUACAAUGUUGAUGGGCUUUGCUGGUUUGGGUGUUGGUGGUAUCAUUGGUUAUAGAGAUGGUCUUGAUAUCAUUCGUGAUCAAUUAAAGAAAGCUUCAUAUAAUCCUUUAUCUGGUCCUUCAGAGUUUGGAAUGAACUCAAGAAGAAUCAUUGGACAAAAUGUAGUUAGAGGUGCAUUAAUAUAUAGUUAUCGAUUGUCAUUGUAUACAUCUAUAUUCUUGGGAACUGAUUUAGCUAUAAAAAAUAAUGUUACUGGUGAUCAACCAUUGAUAUCUAGAACCAUUGCUGGUUCUGUAGUUGGAGGUAGAGCAGGACCAAGUAGUAUUGGAUUAGGGUGUGUGGUUGGAACUGCAACUGGCAUGUUAUCAGGCAUUUUAGUUUACUUGACUAAUCCAACAACAAAAAAUAAUAAUACAAACAAUAAUACAACUACAACUACACCUUCAACUACAAAUCAACCAACUUCACAGAGUUAA